CAGUCGAGCUUCGUGGCAACAAAGUCAGCGGUCGAAAUGUUGAAAAUGUCUUUGACCAGUGUGUUUUUGGGUUUUCUCUGCUUUUUGGCAUCGGCGAAUGCCGGUGGCGAGACAUUAGUCUUGCUGGAUAAUCUAGCCAUCCGAGAGACACAUUCAAUGUUCUUCAAAUCCCUGCAAGAACGAGGUUAUACACUGACAUUCAAGUUAGCCGAUGAUGCGAACCUCGUUUUAUCAAAAUAUGGUGAAUAUUUAUACUCGCAUUUGAUAAUAUUUGCACCAUCGGUCGAAGAAUUUGGUGGAGCUCUCAGUGUUGACGCUGUGACCGAGUUCAUUGAUGGAGGAGGAAAUGUCCUAGUCGCUGGUUCUUCUCAGUCAGGAGACGUACUCCGCGAAUUAGCCUCGGAAUGCGGAUUUGAAGUAGAUGAGGAGGGGGCUGCUGUCAUAGACCACAUGAACUAUGAUGUAUCUGAUUUGGGUCAGCACACAACUAUUGUAGCGGAAACAGAAAACCUAAUUAAUGCUCCAGUGAUCAUCGGAGACAAAAACAUUCCUCCCCUACUUUACCAAGGAACCGGACUUGUUGCUGAUACUGAAAACCCGCUAGUCCUCCAGUUGCUGACUGCGUCUAGUUCCGCUUAUUCGUACAACCCAGAUCAACCGGUCAAAGAAUAUCCUCAUGCUGUUGGAAAAAAUACUCUCUUAAUUGCUGCUCUCCAGGCACGAAAUAAUGCUAGAGUGUUAUUCUCUGGAUCACUUUUCUUCUUUAGUGACGAAGCUUUCACUAGCUCUGUUCAAAAAGCUCAAGGAGGUCAGAAGUACGAGAAAUCUGGAAACGAAGCAGUUGCUAAAGCUAUGUCUAAAUGGGUGUUUAAAGAGAGCGGUGUGAUUCGUGCCUCUUCUGUAAGUCAUAAGAAGUCAGGUGAGAAAGAACCACCUGCAGCUUACACUGUGAUGGACGACGUCGUGUAUACCAUUACAAUAGAACAACUAGCUGGGGACAAAUGGAUUCCGUAUGAAGCUGAUGAUUUGCAGUUGGAAUUUGUCAGGAUAGAUCCUUUCGUUCGUACAAAAUUGCAGAAACUGGAUAAUGGCCGUUACGAAGCGAGAUUCAAGAUUCCAGACGUCUAUGGAGUCUAUCAGUUCAAAGUCGAUUAUAACCGCAUUGGGAUAACUCACCUGUACAGUACAACACAGGUCUCUGUCCGCCCCCUACAACAUACGCAGUAUGAGCGAUUCAUACCUAGUGCAUUCCCCUAUUAUGUAAGCGCAUUCUCUAUGAUGGGAGGCGUAUUUUUAUUCUCCUUUGUUUUCCUGCAUUACAAAGAAGACGUCAAAUCGAAAGCAGAGUAGUAGUAGCAGCUUCGAUUACCACAGACUCUCUGAGAACUACAUGUUUUAAAUUAUAUUUAUUUCAAGCACCGUGUAACAAAUCUCGACUGCAAUGUACCGAACACAUGAAGUUUUCUCUGUAAAAUAUCUUGAUAAAUCUUGAGUUUGUUACUGUAGCCCGAUAAAUUUCAUUGGAAUGUAUUCUGCAAUUAAUUCAAUAUUAAGUUUAGCUGUAAGAAAAUAGCUUCACAUUUGUGACAGUUUUACCAUUGGUAAUAAUGCUAAGAGUAUACAGAGUUGAUAGAGAACAAUAAAAUUUCGAAAAUUUUA